AUGAAGAGCUGGUGCGGCGCUCUGCUGUGUCGCCGGCCCGCGUGCUCCUGCUGCCGGCGCUCCGCCCAGCCGGGCCCUGACCGCCGCCGCAGCGUGGCCGCGCUCUCCAAGAAGCAGAGCCAGGCGUCGUCGCAGCUCCCGCAAGAGACGGGGCCGAAGCUGGAUCCAUCGCUGGUGGAGCACGCCUCUCUGAUACGAGGAGCCAUCCCGGUGCUGCCCGUUCCUCUGGCGUGGAUCUGCCUCGUCUUCAACGUCUUCAUCCCUGGGCUCGGCACGCUGUCCAGCGGCCUGCUCUGCCUGUGCUUCGGCAAGCCCCGCUUCUCCGUGCGCGACGAGCCGCAGGCCCGGGUGGGCGCCUGCUGCCUCGACAUGAUCGUGGCUGUGGGCCAGAUGUUCACCAUACUGUUCUGCCUGGUGGGCUGGGGCUGGAGCAUCUGGUGGGGCGUCAUCAUGGUCAAACUAGCAAAGAAACAAAAGAAGAUCAAGCUCAUGGAGCAGCAGCAGGCGCCGCCUGUCGUGAUGGCGGUUAACCACGAGGUGGAGAGAGUGUGACCAUUAUUCUGCACAGAUUUUAUACUUCUUAUUGCUCUUAUU